GGCUAUCAUGGGCAGAUUGGCCCCUGCACCUGCGCCUGCUGCCGCAAGCCCCUGCACCCCUGGCCCUGCACCCGGGCGGGCUGGCCAGCCCCGCCUCUGCCCCGUCGCCCCAACCAACCUUUAGGCGCAGUUCAGCCAGCCUGCGCCAGCCAGCCGAUAUGUGCCGAUACUGCUUACAACAAGCCUAUUAGCCUAGAUACAGUAAGCAAAGGCAUUGGCACAGGCGAGCAUCGGUGACACCGGUGCAAUCGGUCGCCCACCACCAAGUAUUUGCCCCUUGCCUCGUUUGACCGCUAUUCUCUUGAAAACAUAAACAUGACUGACGAACUCAUGAAUCACUCAUGAUACGUCUGCCAACGGGCCUUGUUCCGUUGGUGGCGGCCUGGGGCCUUCAGAGCGCGCUUCACAGCGGGCUUGUAUGGCUCCAGGCCGACCAACCCACCUCAGCGCUUACUGCGCACGUAGUGCUGUCAAUGUUAACAUUAGUGUUAGUGCUGGCGGCUCUGGCAACGGUUCACCUGAGCUUUGCUCCUCGCGCUAUCAGCCAAAGUUCACAAACGGAAGAGCUACAAAUCUUCAUUAGGCUUCCUUCAGGGCAACUCGUCACGUUCGUGGGACCUGUCGAUGCCACUGUGGGCUCUGUCUUCGACUUUAUCGCUUCCACGACCCUCUUCCAUCUAGAUAACAGCCGGAUAUGGCGCUUGGUCGCGCGCGGCGGCGACACGCUGCUGGAGCGUUCGACCGUGCUGGCACGUCGUGGCCUGGCGUCCGGUUCCGAGCUGCAAGUGCUCGCACGGCUAAUGGGUGGCACUCCAAAGAGAAGGCCAUCAGCACCCUCAGACAACUGGCUCAGCCUCCACCGCUUCACCCGCUUCCGAAACCACUUCGGAGACCCCGUCUACACGUGCACCAACCCUGGAUGCCGUUCGCCAACACAGUUCAAGGAUAGAGCGGCUUGCUCUCGCCACGAAAAAUGCUGUGAGGGUGCACCUCGGGACCUCCCUCUCCCUGCCGGUACCGGUGGCGAAGGCGGCCUAGGAGACGCUGACUUUCCUGAGGGAGGGUGGGAUUCGCCUGCGGGUUCUGUUAGUGAGAGCGACAGCAUGGACACUAACGGUAGCGGCACCGGCAGCGGUAGCGGCACCGGCAGAGGUAGCGGCACCGGCAGCGGUAGCGGCACCGGCAGCGGUAGCGGCACCGGCAGCGGUAGUGGCACCGGCAGCGGUAGCGGCACCGACGGCGGCGGCGGCGGGAAUGUUGGCAAUGGCAGUGACAGGAGUGUUGGUGGCUACAGUAAUAGCGGCAGCGCCCGGGUGGACAGCGACUACCUAUACUCCGAUGAGGAAGAGGAAGAUGCUGCUGACGCUGAACCGGGUCAUUUCCUGGCGGCAGCUCUACACCGCGUUGUGGCUUCUCUCGACCAGGACGACCCUGCCAACAUCAACACCAUUGAGCUGCUGAAUGCUAUUCUGCAGCAAUUCGGGCACCUGGCGCCUGUUGACGGCGACGGUGAUGCUGAUGACCAAGCCGGUGCGGUUGCCAACGACCUUGCGGCGCAGGGUAUGGUCAUGCAACCCACCAACAUCUCCGAACUACAGCAUGGUGCGCGGUCUGUGCAGCACUUCAAGGGCAUCAUGUCAGAGCCGCUGUGGAGAACAGGCACUCAAUCUGCACCUAUCACUGUGGGGCAGUUUGCUUACGCUUGGAUGAAGGAGAAGAUUGAUGGGCGCGUACGGGAUAAUGUUGCGGACCGUCAGCUGCGUUUCCUUCGUGACGUGUGCUUUCCACCUGGCAAUAACUUGCCCCCGUCGCUGUACAUAAUGAAGAAGAUGUUGGACAUUCCAGACGCACGUGACUUUGAGAAGCACGUUUGUUUGAGCGACAAGUGCUUGUUCCCUGAUUUCCCUCGAGAUGAGUGGCACCAGCACCUGCAAGAUGAGUGCGGCUGCGGCCAUCGACGGUUUAAGCCUGCCCGGCCAGGACACCAACCAGUUCCGAACAAGAGGUUCUACGACUUCGGUGUCGAGAAUGUCGUGCGCGGCAUGUUCAUGGACCCACGGUUCUGCACGUUUCGCGGCACAGGGCGCGACAACAACCCUGACGACUUCUACGGCUCGCGGUACGCGCAAGACAUCAAUGCCAAGACUUCCGGCGAGUUCUUCGAGCCCGACAGCUCGGCUUACGACCUGGGCUUUGACUUCGGCGAGGUCUUCUCAUUCAAGAAGUACAGCUGCGGGAUGCUGUUCAUUCGGUGCGCGGACCUGCCAGUGACUCAACGCAGCAAGCGCCGCCACUGCUUCCCCCUGAUCAUCACGCCCGGACCUUCGGAGCCUGACUCAAUGGAAGUCUACUUGCGCCCAACACUGACAGCAUUCAAGGCCUUCGGGCCUGGCACCGAGGGUAUGACCGUGGUGGACGCUGCUUCGGGCCGGACCUUUGGGCACAAGAUGUUUCUGGGCGGUAUCUUUGCUGAUACGCCUGCAAACCGGACGUUGAGUCUUUGGCUCUCCCAUGCGGCCAAGAACGCAUAUGCCAGAGACUGCACUAUGCGGUGACAGCAGGAUCCGGAUCUCUCAUGCGCACCACAUGGAUCGGGCACAGGUUGUGGAAAGUAAUCAUGACUUGGCAUCGGCGCUGGGUUGCCAUGGCAUUUCCUGCAUAGCGAAGGAGCUGUCGUACAUAGACAUGAAUAACGUGUGGGUUGUGCCCAUAGCGCAUGCAGCUCUGUUCGGUGUCAUCAAGAAGUUCUGGCACUUUGUGCUGGGCGAGUCCGUCAAGAAGGCUGAGAGUGACUUUGUGUUAAGUGUAGAGGCUCGUCGCAGAAUGACUGCACGUGCAUCCCAUUUCAUCAUUACUAAUGACUUUAACCGACCCUACCGUGACAUUGUCCCCUGCUCGUACUGGACCAUGGAAGAAUGGCUGAUGUGUGUGUGCGUGUGUGUGUGUGUGUGUGUGUGUGCGUAUGUGUGUGCGCGUGCGUGCGUGCGUGCGCGCGUGCUUACAGGGUGGUGCACACGAUCGUGGCGUGCCUUCCUGUCUCGUGUAAACCGGAGGCGCGGGCCGGGGUAACCCUUAUAACGCGAGCAAAUGAUAACGUCCGUCUUAUUGUUCUCCCUUGUCAGGGGCACGUUCCUAGUCCUACGCUCCCAUAUAUACUAAACGGCGGCUGACCUGGCAAGCCCAGAUCUGUGCAAUCUGUCGACGCGCCUUGCCCGAGUCCCGUAGGGAUAUGGGGCAUCGGGAAGGUGUUAACUGUGCUGGAGGUGUGUGGAAAGGGAAUGGCGUCGAUGGCGUGUGGAAUGUACACACCCGUCUGGCUUA